GUUUCUUUGUGGUAGAUCCACUAGAUCCAAUUAACCACAAUUUAAACGUCAAAAAGAUUACGUACAUUUCCAAAAAUUUUUGUUAAAUGGUUGUUUUUGUAAAUAAAUUAGAAACAAUUUGAGGAUGUCAUUUAGCAAAAUAAUUAAUUUGGGGGACUUAUGCAUCUCGAAAUCAGCACUUUUAUCGUCAAAAAACUUGAAAUUUCAUCCCCAGAGAACUUUCCGAAAUCUACGGAACAAUAAAAAAAAUGCGGGGCCUAAUACAGACUUGCCCACAAAUAGUGUUGCAACACCUUUUCAAUCUAACAAUUUCGAUGCUUCGAAGUUACAAAUAAAUAAUAUUUGGAAACCUUUGGGUUUCACAAUUGUGUUUAGUACUGCAUGUUAUGGAGGUGCUGCCAUUUGGGAAUAUGAAAAUAUGAGAUCUCAUGCCGCUUCAAUGCUAAAGAAACCAUUGUCUUUAUUUAGGAGGAGAACCGAGGAAAGAUCGUUUCAGCAUCCAUAUCUAAAAGAAAUCGCCAAAUGGUGGAGUAGCCUGAGUGGCGGAGAAAAAGUGUUUGUUCCCAUAUGUGUCCUGAAUGUAUUGGUUUUUGCAGCUUGGAAGCUGCCAAGAUGUCAACCUUUUAUGUUAAAGUGGUUUUGUUCAAAUCCUGGUAGUAAUAAUAUCUGUUUACCUAUGUUGUUAUCGACAUUCAGUCAUUACUCAACUUUGCAUCUUUUAGCAAAUAUGUAUGUACUUCAUAGUUUCAGCACAGGUGCGGCACAAGGUUUGGGGAAAGAACAAUUUCUGGGCUUGUAUCUUAGUGCAGGUGUAUUUUCAAGCUUAACAAGUUAUCUAUAUAAAAUGGUUACGAAACAACCUGGGCUAUCUUUGGGUGCUUCAGGUGCAAUAAUGGCUAUAUUAGGUUAUGUGUGCACACAAUAUCCAGACACAAGAUUGGGUAUAAUACUUAUUCCCAUAUUCAGUUUUUCUGCAGGAACGGCUAUUAAAUUCAUCAUGGGCUUAGAUACUGCAGGGGUACUCCUAGGGUGGAAAUUCUUUGAUCAUGCAGCACAUUUGGGUGGAGCUGCCUUUGGGAUGUUUUGGGCACUGUAUGGGCACCAACACGUGUGGCAGAAAAGAGAACCAUUACUUCAACUCUGGCAUUCUGCUAGGGGAGCUAUCAAAUAGUUUAUGAGAAAUUUCGGACGUUGAACAUGUUAUAAUUGAAUGAAUAAAUGAAAAUGACGAAAUUG